CGCCCUCCUCCUCCUCCUCGCCUUCCUCCGGCUCAGCCGCCGCGCCGCCGGGUUGCUCCUGCUUCCUCCCCGGGCGCCCGCGGCGAUGUUCAACCGCGCCGUGAGCCGGCUGAGCAGGAAGCGGCCACCGUCAGACAUCCACGACAGCGAUGGUAGCUCCAGCAGCAGCCACCAGAGCCUCAAGAGCACAGCCAAAUGGGCGGCAUCCCUGGAGAAUCUGCUGGAAGACCCGGAAGGCGUGAAAAGAUUUAGGGAAUUUUUAAAAAAAGAAUUCAGUGAAGAAAAUGUUUUGUUUUGGCUAGCAUGUGAAGAUUUUAAGAGAAUGCAAGACAAGACACAGAUGCAGGAAAAGGCAAAGGAGAUCUACAUGACCUUUCUGUCCAGCAAGGCCUCAUCACAGGUCAACGUGGAGGGGCAGUCUCGGCUCAACGAGAAGAUCCUGGAAGAACCUCACCCUCUGAUGUUCCAGAAACUCCAGGACCAGAUCUUUAAUCUCAUGAAGUACGACAGCUACAGCCGCUUCUUAAAAUCUGAUUUGUUUUUAAAACACAAGCGAACCGAGGAAGAGGAAGAAGAUUCGCCUGAUGCUCAAACUGCAGCUAAAAGAGCUUCCAGAAUUUAUAACACAUGAGCCCCCAAAGAGCCAGGACUGGCAGCUUUAAGAAGCAAAGGAACUUCCUCUCAGGACCGUGCAGGGUUUAUCAUUGCUUUGUUAUUUGUAAGGACUGAAAUGUACAAAACCCUUCCAUGGGAUAUGUGUGUUUUAUUAACUGCUUCACCAGUAAAUUUUGCAUGAUGGCUAAGCUAACAUAAAAAAAUAAUAAUAAUAACUUGGAA